GUGAGCUGAGCAAAAACUCUUGACACAUCAGAGCAGCUCAUUUAUCUGACAUGUGUUACGUACAGGUUUCUUGUGUAUACAUACCCAGAUAACCAAAUAAAACCUUUAAUUCAAGAAGAAAUUAAAUUGAUACAUUAUGGGAGCAUCUUCUUCUGGCUUGCUGGAUGAGGCUAAAAUCAGCAACAUCAAAGGGCUUGUGGACAGUACGUUCCAGAGCUUUAGUGUGUUUUACCGACUGCAGUAUUCUGCAGCCUACACCGUACAUUUACACCAGGAGGUGGAGCCUAAGAAAGAGGGGAGGAGCCUACUGCUAGCACAGGGGCCUCAGUAUCCUCCAAAAGAUGUGCUAUACCAAACGAGCGUGAAGUUCUCCUGCUGGUAUGAGCAGGGGAAGAAAUGCAGAGAGAGAUUCAUCGUACUAAGAGACUACAAAGUGGAGAUACAUGAAAAUGCAGAGAGCUUCAGUCGUGGAUGUGCAGCAAAGUUGGUUCUCCAGCCAGCAGGGGGCAGUGUGUUCACAAAAGAGGAGGAGUCCAAAGCUCACCUGGAGCGAACCUGUGCUGGAAUACUCAAUGGAGUAAAGGAGGAUUCUUCUUCGGUGGUAUCCUCUCCAGAUGUGCUUGCAGUGUAUCUGCACCUGCCUUAUAUGGGGCACACCUGCUUCCUGUUCCUACAGGAAGAAGAACGUGAUAACUUCCUUUCUGCCAUCAAGACCUGCAUCAGACACGGCAACGUUGACCCCUGGUGUGAGUCAUCCUACGAGGGCCAGGCGUUCGUCCGAGCCCUCCGACUCUACCGACAGGACAAAGGAUGCUAUGAAUCCUGGGAAAUGCUGCUCGGAACAGAGGAACAAGUGCUGGCCUCACAGGUGAUGGAGGAGGUGUUGUCAUGGCUACAGAGUCAGCUUCAGUCCAGAUUGAAGGGCAAGAAGGCUGAGAGGAUUCGACAGUGGCUGGCAACGGUACAGGCUAGCUACUCUCUGGUGCUGGAGCAACUCUCUGUCAGUCUGGAGGCUCUGAGGGCUGAGUGUCGGCAGACAGCGUCAGCAAAUCAGGCGCUGAUCAGAUCCAACCUGGACCAGAUCAUGUCCUCUCACUGCUUCCUGGAGGAGAAGGUCAAAGCAUGUAUAUGUGCAGAAGCAGAGAAAGUGUGUGGUGAGUGUGUGUCGCCCUACAUGUCCUCCAUCCUUGAAGCGCUCACAGAGCACAUCAGUGCAGGGAUUCAGGGGAUGCAGAACACACUUCACACACAGAUGGACUCAGCCUUCACACACACUAAUGGAGGGACAGAGGAGACAAAGAAGGACUUGUCUCCACUGCGCUCCAUCAGUCUGGAUCAGAGCUACAGGCAGGUGGAGAACCUGAUGGAGAAGCUUCAAGAUGUGAAGCAGCGCUUUGGGCUGAGCAGCAUCCAGAGGCUGGUCCACUGUGCUCACCUGCAGAUGGAGAAGCUGUUGGACAGCGCUGUGCACACGCUGGAUCUCUUCCUGCAGUCUUCAGCCCGACUGCAGCCUUCUCUGAUUCCCUUCAAGAUGGAGCGAGCUAAAGAACGAGUCCUGAAGCAGCUGGACUAUGACAGCCGAGUGGUUCAGAGGAGGCUGUAUCAGGACGCUCUGCUGCAGAUCACCCUGCCCGCUCUCAGCAGGAACAUGGACAGCAAGUGGAAAAGUGAGCUGCAGCAGUUCGAGGAGUUCAUCUUCUCAGACUACAGCAGCUUCAUCCUGGUGCAGAACGUCUAUGAUGACGUACUGAGAAACAUCCUCAGUAAGCAGAUAGAGACAGCGGUGCAGGAAGCAGUCGGGAAGAAGAGCCGACUGCUGUUGGACACUUCAGAUCUGACCAUCAGUCAGUACAGUCUGCUGGGUCAGACGCCCCCUCACUCUGCACCAGGCAGCCCGGCCCCGCCCACCCGAGACCCCCCCUCAGCAGCACCCAGUGCAGGGGGGGAGACAGUGACAGCUGAGGUUCACCCUCAGAGUGAACCGGAUCCUAACGCUGGGUCCGAGUCCAAGGAGGAAGCCGGAGGAGACCAGCCUGACGCACCUUCAGAGACAACUGUGUCCACCUUCACCUCACCUGAGGCAGCCGUCACACGGGAAUUUGGAUCUGCUGCAUGCACAGAUCCAUGUGACCCCACCCCAGAGUGUCCUGACCCCCCAAUGUACACUCUGUCCUCACCGCAGUCCUCAGAUGUUCCAGCCGAAUGUGUUCAGUCUGCAGCGCCUCCUCCACCUGACCUCUCAACCGCAGAUGGAAAAACAGAAGUCCCGCCAACACAGGAAGUCAGUGCACCUGUAGAGCACAGUGGCCACACCCCAGACUGUCCAGACUGUCCAGACCCUUCACUGUCCACUCUGUCCUCAGAUGUUCCAGCUGCUGAAGGUGAUCAAUCUGCAGAGUCUCCUCCACCUGACCUUUCAACCUCAGAUGGAGAAACAGAAGACCCCCCCACACAGGAAGUUGAGGCACGUGAUGCACCUGCAGAUACCAGUGACCCCACCCCAGAGUGUGCAGACCCCCCAAUGUCCACUCUGUCCUCGCUGCAGUCCACAUAUGUUCCAGCUGAUCAAUCUGCAGCGCCUCCUCGCCCUGGCCUCACAACCUCAGAUGGAGAAACAGAAGGCCCCCCCACCCAGGAUCCACACCCUCCAUCUGCACCUUGUUUAGAUUGUCCAAUGAAAAUCCGCCUUGGGUCACUGAGCGAGGCGAUUGGUUGCAUUUCUGCACCACAGACGCUCUCUCAUACCGACAGAGCUGUGUACCUGACGGGAGGAGUGAAGGACAGCUGGGAGGUGGAGAGGGGGAGAGGGGGAGACGAGAAGAGAAUCCAAGACGGGAAAGAGGAGACUGAAGCAGGAGGUGGGGAAGAAGAGGAGAAGGAGGAGGAAAGAGUUGAAGGUGAAGCCAGAUCAGGGGGUGAGACUGUGGAUGUAGGGGGAGAGUCCUCUGAGCCGCCAGCAGAGUGCGCCACAUGGCAGGCAGCAGGGGAGGAGAGGGUGGGUGAUGAAGAUAGUGAGAGGGAGGAAAGAAAAGAGGACGAGGAGAAAGGAGAGCAUGCAGAAAAAGGAGUGAAAGAAAAACAGGAGGAGGUUCUUCAAAGCCCUCAGCCAAUGGGAGCGCAGUGUCAGAGUGAUGCUGAGCCGCCAUUGGACAGCGUGGCGAUGAUCAGAGACCUUGUCACUGAGAUCACUGAGGUGGAGACGCUCAUCAGCCCCUGUCCCAACAGCAGCCAUACAGCCUGACACACGUUACCAUGACGACUGACUGUUGGAGCGCCCUUAUUAAUGGUACAGAGGUUAAUGAAGUGAACAAAUGCAGAAAGGAGAUCAUUACACAUCUUUUUAGUGUCACACAUUUAUAUUACAUUUUAAAAAGACACAUAAUUCCACAUACUUCAGUAAGCUUUUUUUUAAUGAUGAUUCAAUUCAUUUAGAUUAAUCCGCUGUUUACAUUGUGACUUUCUGCUAACGUUGAACGGACAAAUGAUUCAAUAAAGAUAUAAAACUUCUGUAAGUGAUAAUGUACACAA